UCUGUAUUCUCUAGUGGAACGGGGAAAACUGCGGUCGAGAGCGUGGUCGUUUUGAGCGCUUAGUUACAGAAAUACUGUGGCUUAGUAGUGGCUAGUGGAACGCACAUUGGAAAGUAACCACAUAUUGUUUUAAGCAAAAUGAAAUCCAUAUUAUAAAGAAAACCUUGAAUGGAAUUCUGAUGUUUAAUCAUUAAUUAAAUCCUGAUAAACAUAAAUAUACAAUCAAGUUCUAGGGGACACACAGUUUUGGGAAAAAUUUACUUGUCUAACAAAAUCAACUACUUUUUAUAGGCAUUCCAUUCGGUAUUCAUUCAUUUUUGUCGCCCUAAAGAAAGCUAUUGAUUCAUAGUUUUCUCCAAAAACUGUAACAACUGUAAUAAAAUGACCUUGAUACAGCUGUCUACAAAAGAAAUCGAAGAACAUAAUGAUGACAAAAGUACAUGGAUUGUGAUAAACAAUAAAGUAUAUGAUGUAACAGCCUAUUUAAAAGAACAUCCUGGGGGAGAAGAGGUGUUGUUAGAACAUGCCGGAAAAGAUGGCAGUGAGGCAUUUGAAGAGGCUGACCACUCCAGUGAUGCCAGGGAGUUGAUGACUAAAUAUCAAAUUGGCGAGUUGAAUGAAGCAGAGCGUAAACCAAUUAUAAAGAGAAAAACGAUUUCUUUUGAUUCUGAGGAGUCAUCUCUCAAAAUAAAAAUUAUUUCGGUGGCAGUACCAAUUUCAUUGGGAAUAUUGGCAGCUAUUUUAUACCGUAAAUAUUUUCAUUCUUGAGAAAGCCCGACUUGAUAAUUGAACGAAUUAUUCCAAAUAUUUACAUUCAUGUAUUUUUUAUUGUUAAUAAAUAAAUGUAAUUUUAUUAUC